ACGACGAUGGCAGGAGCUGCGCCAUCAGGCCGCGACUCGAUCGGGUCCAUCAUGCACGAGUUCGUCGACUCGUUCCCGAUCGAUGUGGACGCGCGGCAGUCGAUCUCGGACCUCGGCAAGGUCCUCUUCACCGAGAGCCAAAAGCCCGCGGACGCCAACGCGCCGAAGAAGCCAUAUCAGAUGCCCAAGGAGAUCAAGGGCAUCCCGCGCCAGAAGCAGCAGGACGUCACGGGCAUCACGGCGUCGGGCCGCGUGGCCUUGCCCCAAGGCUCGGUGCGCAAGCUGUUGCAGACACAAGGCAAGGCAACGCCGAUGCGCUGGACGCCUGAAGAAGACGACGCGCUCCGGAAAGCGGUCGAGGCCCAUGGCGAGCGCAAUUGGAAGUCGAUUGCCGAGGUCGUGCCCGGCCGCAACCACACGCAGUGUUUGCAGCGCUGGACCAAAGUGCUUGCGCCGGGCCUCAUCAAGGGCCAUUGGCGACCGGACGAAGACGACAUUCUGCGCCAAUUGGUCGCCGAAGGCCGCAAGAACUGGGGCCAAGUCGCCACGCGCAUUCCCGGCCGCACGUCCAAGCAGUGCCGAGAGCGUUGGUACAACCACUUGGACCCGAACAUCGUGCGUGGCGAGUACACGGCCGAGGAAGACCAGAUCAUCUUGGAAGCGCAGCAGCGGAUCGGGAACCGAUGGUCGGCGAUCGCAGCGAUGCUGCCGGGCCGCACGGAAGACGCGGUCAAGAUCCGAUGGAAGUCGCUGUGCCGGACCAAGUCGGGACGCAACCGUCGCAACACAAACGAGAAGGAUCCAAACGACAACAGCGUAUCGCCCAUCACGGUCACGGCGGUCGCGUCGGACCACAAGGCGUCGUACGACAAGGCGCCGUCCAGCGGCAUGGGCUACCCGCAGCGCAGCAUGAUGUCGGAGCUGCAGUCGCCGAUGCUCCACACCAACGGCAACGGCAUGCACCCGUCCAUGGGCAACCACCAUGGCAUGUACAACGGCCAGCAUGACAUGUACCAAGGGUACCCAUCGCCGCACCACCCGCCGCACUAUAGCCAAGGCGGCUUCAACCCCGCCGACCAGUUUAUGCACAAGAUGAACACAGGCUCUGCGUACGACACCACCAACUACCACAACCCGUCGUCUUCGUACGGGCAGUACCCGCCAAUGGGGUAUCCCCGUGGCCAGUACACGCCGCAUCCGCAGUCGUACUCGACGCCCGAUAACAGCAACUACCACCCGCAGCAGCAGCAGCAGCAGCACCACGCGCAACAACCGCCGCAUCAACAUCCGACACACUCGACUGUGUCGUCGUCGCAGCAGCAACAGCCCAAGAUGGACCAACACGCCUCGAUGAGUUUUCCCAUGAACGCAAACCCGGCAGCCUCGUUUGCGCAACAGAUGCGAUCGUCGCCGCAAACCAACGAGAAUGCGUUCAAGCCGCCGGCUCCGAUGCGUCAGCACUCGGGCGGUUCCGUGGCCUCGUCGUUUGUCCAGUCGCUUGGCGGCAAGGCCGAGCCCAAGCCGCCAGCACCACUCAACAUUGCCGCCUCCUUUGCGCAGCAGCACUACAGUGCGCCCAAGAGUCCUUCGUCCGGCAACGAUGGCAUCCCGAGCAACCCGUUCCUCAAGACGAACGGCGACGCCAACCACAACAACUUGGCAGCGUCGUUUGCCGCGCAAGCGUCCGGCGGGCGUCCGAACCUCGCGGCGGCGUUCGCGCAGCAGCAGCAGCCGAUGAUGCCCGAGCAUGACGAUGCGCAGAACAAGCGGCCGCGCCUGCCGCUGAGCAUGGACGCGGCGCGCGCGUCGGCGGCCCGGCGCAUGCGUCAGAACGACAAUCACGGGACUUUGUCAACGGCAGUGACGCGCCGCCGCCACCGGGCGACGUGAACCGCCUCUCGGUCUCGGACAUCAACUUGAGCGAGCUCGGCCCGAUCGAGGAGAUGUGGCGCGUCUCGAGCGAUAUGAACCGACUCUCGUUGUAGUGGUGUGCGAUGCAGAAGACGUAG